UGUCUUUACUAAAUAUAAGUAAUACAUAUCACAAUUAUUGAAGAAAUAUUACAAUUAAAGUUAUAGACACAAAUAAUAAAGGGUUCUGCAUCCUUCAUGUUCACUAGAAUGUGUAUAAUUAUUGCUGAAUAACGCUGCUGAAUUGCUGAAUGCGUAAAAGCGGCGCAGUAAUGAUGCGCAAAAAGCGCCCAGGUGAUCAGGUGACCAAACCGAAAAAAAACCCCAAUCAUAUGACCGGCACGCGGUAAAAGACAAUGAAACCUGCCAAGUCCGUGUAUAAAAUCCUGUAAAGGGGAUGUGUGAUUAUCUCAGCUGGUUUUAAGGCGGAAGUUUACUUGCAUCGAGCGUUUACAGGACGUAGUCAAGUCUGCACUCAUUCGCACCCGUCACCGCGCUGAACGAUGCACUUGGCGGUGCUGUUAUUGUGCGCCGUAUGCGUCGCUUGUGUGAGCGGAGCCCGAUACACUCCGGACUGGAAGAGUCUGGACGCAAGACCUCUGCCUGAAUGGUACGACCAGGCGAAGUUCGGGCUCUUCGUUCACUGGGGUGUGUUUUCAGUGCCGGCGUUCGGCAGCGAGUGGUUCUGGUGGUACUGGCAGGGUUCACUGAGUCCUGAGUACAUUGCCUUUAUGUUGAAGAACUAUCCUCCGGGAUUCUCCUACGCCGAGUUCGCGCCGCAGUUCAACGCGCAGUUUUUCCAGCCGGACGACUGGGCGGAAGUGUUCGAGGCUUCCGGGGCCAAGUACGUUGUUUUCACUACAAAACACCACGAAGGUUUCACUAACUGGGGAUCGUCGACGUCAUGGAACUGGAACUCGGUUGAUAACGGGCCACACAGGGACCUGGUCGGCGAGCUGGGGACUGCAAUACGGAAAAGGUCUCUGCACUAUGGAAUCUACCACUCCUUGUAUGAAUGGUUCAACCCCCUGUAUCUAAAAGAUAAGCAGUCCGGGUUUAAGACCCAGGAAUUUGUUUUUAGCAAAACCUUACCCGAGCUCGUCGACCUUGUCAUGAGGUACAAGCCAGAGCUGAUCUGGUCAGAUGGGGAUUGGGAAGCGCCUGACACUUACUGGAACUCCACUGAAUUCUUAUCUUGGCUUUACAAUGACAGUCCAGUCAAGGAUGUCAUUGUGGUGAAUGACCGAUGGGGGAACGGGACGUACUGUAAACAUGGCGGCUACUACAACUGCGCCGAUAAGUUCACUCCAUCCACAAUGCCCAAGCACAAAUGGGAGAAAUGUAAUUCGAUAGACACAGUGUCCUGGGGUUAUCGUAGGAACAUGAAGCUCCAUGAUUUGAUGGAUCUGCCUACCAUUAUAAAGGAUCUUGUCUUCACUGUAGCCUAUGGAGGGAACUACCUGCUGAAUAUCGGCCCUACGUCUGAUGGGAUCAUCCCGACCAUGUUCGAGGAGCGUCUCCGUGGUGUUGGCGCCUGGCUGAAGGUUAACGGUGAGGCAAUCUACGCCACGACGCCUUGGAGAAUUCAGGCUGAGAAUGCCACUGUGCCAGUCUGGUACACUUCCAAAGGCAAAACUGUGUAUGCUAUCUUUCACACACAACCGCACCAGUACUCAUUUCAGCUCGGCUCUCCUGUAACCACAGACUCAACUGUGGUGACACUGUUGGGAACCUCUGAGCCAUUAAAAUGGGCUCCUCUGCAUUCAUCCGGACUCAUCAUGCUGCUGCCCGAGCUGCCGUGCAAUGCUGCCGGGGCGUGGGCCAUCAAACUGGACGGAGUUGCUUAAUGUACUGUGUAGUGUGGCGCAUAGGAGGGAGGGGUUUUAGGUGAUUUUUUUUUUCUUCACACUGUCGAUCGUGCCUUAAUGUUUUGCCUUUAAAAUUUUUUACAAAUUCAUUACUUUUUUUUUUAUUUGAUUUUAUAUAUGCACUGUAUACAAAUCACUGAAUUACUGAAUCUGUGGCAAAUAAAUUCAUUUUGUUCAUUUAUAAAA